AUGAGCGACGUAACUAGGGGAACAAGGGGAGCUUCUAGCUCGAGAGCGCCCGCGAUAGAGGACCCGAGAGUAGAUGGAGUUCUUAGAGCCCUGGAGGAAAUUGGUAAUUUGAUGGGCGGACAAGCUCGGGAAAGAGCUGCUGCCGUAGCUCAGGCUGCAGAGGCUGCUGUGGCGCGCCAAUGUGCUCGGUUUGAUGGUGCUGGAGAUCCAGAGAUGGCACCUCGUUGGAUUGAGAAAUUGGAGAAGGCCUUUGAGGUUCUUGGGUGCACCGAUGAGGAGAAGGUGACCCCGGCGGCUUACCGGUUAGAGGGUACCGCAGAUGAUUGGUGGAAGGCCACCGGAGGAAGGAUAUUUCCCGAGGGCGCUGCUCUCACUUGGAUUGCCUUUACCGAGGCAUUUAACGGGAAGUAUUUCUCGGAGACCGCUCGGGAGCGGAAGUUGGUAGAGUUCCAACAACUUCGCGGGAACCAGUUAACGAUCGACCAAUAUGAGGCGGAGUUCGCUAGAUUGUCAAGGUACGCGCCGAGGAUGGUGGAGAACCCAAUAGACAAGGCGCGAAGAUUUAGGGAUGGAUCGAGACCUGACCUUCGCGAUCGGAUGAUUGCACCGAACCCGAGGACUUAUGAAGAGAUGUAUGAGAGAGGUCAAAUGAUUGAAAGAGACAUGAAGGAAAGGGCUGCCGCAUCUGGUUCGCGGUUCGCUCCUGUUAGAGACCGUCGUCGGUUUGGCAAGAGGCCAAUGGCGGACAACAGGCGCUUCGUCCCUCCACCCCGGAAGAGUAUUGGGAAGCCUAACCGUCGAGACUAG